GAGGAAGAGCCUGGAAGUUAAAGCAACCAAAGACAGGCAGGAGGAGGGCAGGUGUCAACAGACAUGAAGAGGAUUGCCAGACUGAUUUUCCCACUCAUUUUUGUGCUGAUCUGUGAGGUGAAUGGAGCGAGGCGCACCAAACCUCCAAAGAAGCGCCCAACUCCUUCACUCCCUGAGCCAGUUGAGCCGACUGAGUUCCCUCCACCUCUGCCCCCAGGACCCCCCUCAGUUUUUCCAGAUUGUCCCCGAGAAUGCUUCUGCCCCCCAGAUUUUCCUUCAGCCAUUUACUGUGAUAGUCGCAACCUGAGAAAAGUCCCACUUAUCCCACCCAGGGCCCAACAUGUGUACCUACAAAACAAUUUCAUUGACAAGCUCUCUGAAGAAUCUUUCAAGAAUGCGACAGGGCUGCGGUGGAUCAGUUUGGACAACAACCGCAUUGAUUCAGUGGGAUCCCAAGUACUGCAGAAGUUGGAUAACCUUAUCUUUCUAUACAUGGAAAAAAAUUUCCUUAAGGAAGUGCCCAACAACUUGCCUCCCAAUCUUGAGCAACUUAGGCUGAGCAGAAACCGUAUCUCCAAAAUCCCUGAAAAUGUAUUCAGCAAAUUAGAUCACCUCCUCCUUUUAGAUCUUCAUCAUAAUCAAUUGGAUAAUGGAGACUUCAAAAAGAAUACGUUCAAGGGGCUCAAGAACCUCAUGCAACUCAACCUGGCUCAUAACCGGCUAAGUAAGAUGCCUCCUGGGGUCCCCAAAGCCAUUCACCAGCUCUUUCUUGAUAAGAAUCAAAUUGAUAAUAUCCCCAACAAUUACUUCAAAGAUUUCUCCAAUUUGGCUUUCAUCAGGCUUAACUAUAAUAAACUGUCUGACAAAGGAUUGCCUUUGGACACUUUCAACAUCACCAAUUUGCUGGUUUUGCAUUUGGCAUACAACAACCUCACCAGCAUCCCCUACAUCAGCCCCAGGUUGGAGCACCUCUACUUGAAUGACAAUUCAAUUCAAAAAAUCAAUGGGACUCAGAUAUGCCCCACUGGUCUGGUCUCCCUUCAUGCAGCAUCUUCAGAUCUUGAAAAUGCGCCACGUCUUCGCUACCUGCGCCUCGAUGGCAACCUGCUGAAGCCACCCAUCCCUUUGGACCUGAUGCUGUGUUUCCGACUCUUGCAAUCGGUUAUAUUUUAAGCCUUGCAGCAAUUGCCACUCCUUGGGACUUUGGCUUUGUGCAGUGACUUGAUUCCAGUCUAUGUUAGACAAGGGGAAUAUACCUAAGCAUCUCUACCCAGGCCCUUGCCUAUCCUGCUCCACUCUGCUUCAUUCUUCUUUGGCUACAGGAACCUCUGUGCUUUGUGCAGCUCUCCUUUUACACAGCCUUUUAUGGAUGCUUUGUGCCCAUAAAAUGUUGCAUAGAGUCUUCUGAGAUAUGUGCAGCCUUCACAGAAGAUAAUGGCAAUACUGCAAUAUUGAUUUCUGCUACAUUGCCCUUUAUCUAUAUAUCAAAGAGAGAGAGAAGGAAGCAUGCCUAAAUGCAUCUAGCAUGCAGCAUUUCUUUUACUGCCUUGCGGUCUAGAGCUUCCCAGAGCGUUACUGAUUUUCCAACAUCACCAGGCGUACAAAAUAAGUUAGAUUUGUUAUUACUGUCAGAGAGACAGUCAAUAUAAUUUCAUUUAAAUGGGUACAAUGUUAACGUGCCAUUGUCUAAUGAUGCUGAAUUAACAGGUAAGGGAUAGUCAGACUAACAGGUAGCAAUAAGUAGCUUUAGCAAGUGUGACCAAAUGCAUAAUGUACUGUACAUAGCAGGUUGCAUAUUGUGCAGGCAAGGCAGUAUGUAGGAAAUGAAAUGAAGAACUGAUAGAGAAUUUCUUUCUGUUUGGACUCUUCGGGAAUUAAACAGCUGGUGCAGUUUUACACUGUGGGAUGUAAUGAGCAACUAAAUACAGCAUGACCUUCAGGACUGGUGAUGACAUGCUUAGCAGCAAUAAGUUAAAUGACCUCCUCCUCUUCAUAAUUUAACUCCACAAAAUUGGUUAAAACUCAAAUGCAGUGCUAAAGAGGAAUAAAGCAAAUCCAGUACUAGACAGAAAUUGCCACCGAAUAGGGUGACAUACUUGAACAGGACAGAUGCAUCAUUAUCAUGAUGAUUUCAAGGGUAUCUUUACAUCUGAUUUUUUCCCCCAAAUUGCACCUAGGAUUAUGUCAUUAAUCAAUGGAGCAAUCUGUACCUCUUGAGGACCCGGGGCUUUGCUAGCUUUCUAUGCAUGGUAAUCAGCAGCCUUAGCAACAGUUAUCCAGGCAUAAUGAAGGAAAUUAUCCUCCCCCUCUGUUACUUCCUUCCCAGAAAAGCCAUACAAGUGGAGGUUCAGUAAAUAAAUGUUAAAUUGUACUUGAAAAAUACUUUAGCAGUGGCUGGAACCACAGUACCUAUGAUUGAUAUGGUGUCCACAAUAGCAAAACAUGGCAUACAUGUUUAAAACUAAUCAAUAUUUCUAACGCAGAAUCUUGCAAGAUCACAGCAUUUAUGCCUUUAGUCAUUUUUAUUUUUAUUUUUUUAAAAUUGGGGGUAUUGUGCAAAAUCAUAUGAUGGUACUCGAAAAAUUUGUUGAUCUGUGAGCCCUAACAGUGUGCAAAUGUAAGUAAAUAUAAGUAAUCAAGCAUUAGCAGAUUUACCCUAUGGUGUACAGGGAUAAAAAUCUCUGUUGUAGCAAAGCCAGAAGGAACUAUUCAACACAGUCUUCCCAUUUCUUGUGCUGUUCUUUGUUUGUGUUAUAUUUUGAAUAUACAAAGAAUAAAGCUGUUCAGUAACAGGCAAUGAA